CAAUCAAAAUCAUUUGAAACGAUUCAAAUGUGCGUUCCAUCAGUCAAGUCAAUUAACCGCUUAAAUAUAAGAAAUCACCCAUUUUUGGAAUAUAACCGAAAUUUAACGCACUUUUACAACAAUAUAAUCGACUAAAAUCGCCGUAACAAUGCCCUGUGAAAUGAUAACACUUCAAUUAGGCCAAUGUGGCAAUCAAAUUGGUUUUGAGUUUUGGAAACGUCUCUGUGCUGAGCAUGGUAUAAAUCCUGAAGGAAUUUUGGAAGCUUUUGCUACCGAAGGAGCAGAUCGAAAAGAUGUAUUUUUCUACCAAGCAGAUGACGAACAUUACAUCCCCAGGGCAGUAUUACUCGAUUUAGAACCCAGGGUGAUCAACACUAUCAUGAACUCACCUUAUUCUAAACUUUAUAACCAAGAAAAUGUGUUUUUAUCUAAAAAUGGGGGUGGUGCUGGUAAUAAUUGGGCUGCUGGUUAUUCUCAGGGUGAAAAAUUAAACGAAGAAAUCUUUGAUAUUAUUGAUAGAGAAGCUGAUGGAUCUGAUAGCUUGGAAGGGUUUGUUUUGUGCCAUUCAAUAGCUGGGGGAACUGGAUCAGGGAUGGGUUCGAACAUUUUGGAAAAACUUUCAGAUAGAUUUCCUAAAAAAUUGGUGCAAACUUAUAGUGUGUUUCCAAAUCAAGAUGAGAUAAGUGAUGUGGUUGUUCAACCAUAUAAUUCUUUAUUGACCUUAAAACGAUUAACUAAAUCUGCUGAUUCUGUUGUUGUUUUGGAUAACACAGCUUUGAAUAGAAUUGCUGCAGAUCGAUUAAGGAUUCAAAAUCCUACUUUUACUCAAAUUAAUAGUUUGGUCAGCACAAUUAUGUCUGUUUCAACUGCUACAUUACGAUAUCCGUCUUAUAUGAACAAUGAUUUGAUGGGUUUAUUAGCACCAUUAAUCCCAACACCUCGCUUACAUUUCUUAAUGACUGGUUACACACCUCUUUCAACAGACACAGAUGAAGUAAGCGUUCGAAAAACGACCGUUUUAGAUGUAAUGCGGCGUCUUCUUCAACCUAAAAACAUGAUGGUUUCAACUACUCAAGAUAGAAACUCUCAACAUUGUUUUAUUUCGAUCUUGAAUAUCAUUCAAGGUGAAGUAGAUCCAACACAAGUUCAUAAAUCUUUACAAAGAAUUAGAGAAAGAAAAUUGGCGCAGUUUAUCCCAUGGGGCCCUGCAAGCAUUCAAGUUGCUUUAUCGCGGAAAUCUCCUUACAUUCAAACAGCUCACAGAGUCUCUGGUCUUAUGUUGGCUAAUCACACAAAUAUAAGCUCUUUGUUUGAAAGAGCGUUGCUUCAAUAUGAUAAAUUAAGAAAACGUGAAGCUUUCUUGGAACAAUUUCGUAAAGAGGAUCUUUUCAAAGAAGAUUUGAGUGAAUUGGAUGAUAGUAGAGAGGUUGUACAAGAUCUUAUCGAUGAAUACAUUGCUGCUACAAAGGAGGAUUAUUGUAAUUGGGGGGAGCUGUAAAAAACGAUUUCAAAUUCUUAUUUGUUGUGCCAUAUAUUAUUGGUUAAUCUCAACAUGCAGUACUUUUACAACUUUCUUAGUUAGUUGUUAUUUAUAUUUUUGUUACUUUUGAAUAGCUAUUACAGCAAUUGUAAGUAUUAGCAAUUAAUCUCAUUUUAAUGCUAUUUAGUUAAAAUAAAUUUUUGAUAAAUAAAGUGAAAAAAC